UCCAGUAAAAAAAGUGUUUUCAUCUGCAUACAUUUAAAAUGUACUUUUAGAAAAAGUUAUUAACCAAAGGGACCAACCUGAUGAACCAGCGACCGUAUAGACUGAUUUAUUCUCCUAAAUAACGACAUGUGUGUGUUCAAGACCAAAAGCUCACAUUUACCUUACUUGACUUGUGAUUACGCCCAUGAGUUACAGACUAUUGCUAGGCAUCUCAAGUAGUUGUGUGUUUCAUGAUAUAUGUUUGUUAUAUACGUGGAACAGAGUGCAGAGUAACUUUAGGCAGCAGAACACAAGUUUAGUUUUUCAUUACUUAAUAUUAAUUAAUAUUGGUAGUGCAAAGUGACAUUAGAGUGACAAUGGUUUAUUUAAUCAACAAUUUUGUGUUUUAUUAAUGGCUGCUCUGAAGUGAAGUGAACUGAAGUGAUAUCAGGUGUACUCACGUGUCAAAUUAAUUACAUAUCCUCAUAUUUUUCUGCAUGGGCCGAUGUGAAAGACCCUGGUGACACGCAGGCCACAUGUUGUGCCCCCUUGAUUACUGUGUGUGUACGUAUGUAUUUCUGUGUGUAUUACUGUGUGUAUAUCUCAAUAAUGAGGGAAUAAUAACAUGUAUGCUAUAGACCAUUACUUGUUCUGCUUAAGUGUGUUCUAAACUCAACACAAGAGCCACAGUACCAGUCAUCACUUACUGAGGUGUUCUCAGUUGAGGUCUUCAGGUGUUUCUUCAAGACGGUGAGGGAUUCUGCAGACCGUAGAGAGUCUGGACUGUGAAUGAUAGCCACGCAAUAUGAAUAUAUCUGUGUGAACAUUACUCUGUGUCCGUGUGUGUGUGCUUGAGUGAGUCUGUGUGUCAAAUUAAGGCAUCUGAUAAGAGCAGAAGAAAAACAUUUCCUGACACUGAUGGUAUCAGAUUGCAAGCUGAUAAUUGGUCAGAAUUAAAACCCCUGACAUUGUUUUUCCAGCUGAUAGAGCAAUGAAGAAGGCUAAGUUCAGAAGCCGUGGAAGCCCUCAGAGAGCACCCAUGGUCACCAUCUCUGAACCGGACCCUGGACCCUCUGAGGAACCUGAGAACACGUCUUUGAACCGGGAGGAGACCAUAAAGCGAAGAUUUGCUCUAUGGUUGCUCAUCACUGUCAUUGUGAGCCUCGGACUGCUGAGUAUUGUCCUCAUCUCCCUGCACUUCAACUCACCGUCACCUUGGAGGGAGGGGAGAGAGCACUUACUGGAUGAACUCGUGACGCCCACGGAGGAGGAGGAGGAGUCUCCCAGCAUCACAGAGUUCUACUCCUCUACCCACGUGUUGCCCGGGCGCCAAACGGCCCGCUACACCUGCCACGCCGGCGGAACGCCGGAGCCCACCGUCGAGUGGCUCCACAACGGCAGGCCCCUGGAGAGGAACGGCACAGACGACCAUUCAGAGGCCUGGGUGGAGAGGGGCUUCCUCUUCGUCAGAGGUGUGAGGUAUGGCGUGAACACGGUCUGCUGCAUGGCGAGCAACAGCGCUGGCACGGCCAAUCACACUGCUGAGCUGCUUGUCUUUGAUGCCUGUGAACUCACACUGGACCCGAACGUGAGGAACAGCUUCCUCUCUCUGUCUGAGGACAACAGGAACGUCACGCUGGUUGAAGAGGCCCGGUCGUUCCUGGAUCACCCAGAGAGAUUUGACUCCCUGCUCGAGGUGUUGGGUAGAGAAGCUCUGAGUGGCCCCUGUUACUGGGAGGUAGAGUGGAAAGGACGUGUUGAUAUAGGAGUGGCAUACAGAAUAGUCCCAAGGCAAGGGGUGGGUCGUGGAAGACAGCGUGGAGGGAACAAGUCCUGGAUUCUUUAUUGUCGUUACGAUCGUUACACUGCGGUGCACAACGGUGAAACAGCCAUACCUCUCCCCCCCGCGGGCUCUACCAGAGUGGGAGUGUAUCUGGACCGGCCUGCUGGCACUCUGUCCUUCUACAGAGUGUCCCCAGGUGGAGGAGGGUCGUCAGACACACUGACACACAUCCACACCUUCCAGGCCUCUUUCACCAGGGACCUCAUCCCUGGGAUUUGGUUAAGGUGGGAGUUGGGGGUCGGUGGUGCCUCAGCGUCUCUGUAUCGGUUGUAGAAGAAGAACGGACGGAUGGGUGAACGGGCGCACACACACACACACACACACACACACACACACACACACACACACACACACACACACACACACACACACACACACACACACACACACACACACACACACACACACACACACUAGUUAGAGUAUUUGAGGCUUUUGAUGAAGGGGCUUUGGAUGCCUGAGAGGACUGAUGACUGUCUCUGUGGCAGUUAUAGUCUCUGUCUCUCUCUCUCUUUCUCUCUCUUUCUUUCUCCUUCCCGCUUCCUGUCUCUCUUUGUUUCUGUAUCUAUCUCUUGUUUUCUCUCUCUCUCUCUCUCUCUCUCUCUCUCUCUCUCUCUCUCUCUCUCUCUCUCUCUCUCUCUCUCUCUCUCUCUCUCUCUCUCUCUCUCUCUCUCUCUCUCUCUCUCUCUCUCUUUCCCUCUCUCUCUCUUCUGGAAAGUAUAGCAUGAUAAACCACGAAAAGACUUUUAAGACAUAGUUAGAUAAGCACAUUUAUUAUUUGAAAUGUAUAUAAAAUACCUAUUGAUGGUAAAUGUUUGUAUAUUUUCAGACAACACAAGUUUAGGUCUUACGGGCUCUGAUAUCAUCAUUUGUGUCAUAAUCCUGAUUUACACCUGAUUUAAAGCAGAUUUUAUAUUUUAUUCAUAAUAACCAAGAGGUCUAUGGGAUAUGGUUGCAUGUUGUAAAUUACUUUAGACUGAAUCUUGAUUUUUUGUGUUCUGUUGGGAACCAAACGGCCGCAGAACAUGUUCAGUUAUUAAAGAUACGUGCACACCUGUU